UUCAAUAACAGAUGUCGUUGGUAUUGUAUAAAGUAUGUUAUGAAACAACGUUUUAGUUGCAAGCUCGUUCGUCGACAAAACAUAAUUUUAUUAUUGUACAAGAUGUUUCUUCAGUGUUUCAUGUUGACAUUUCUUAUAUCUGAUUGUAUUGCAAUCAAGACAAUAAUACGAACGACAACAGGAACAAUUGAAGGAUUUUCACAAUCUGUUUUAAACAAAGAAGUUAAAACAUUCUUAGGCAUACCUUUUGCUGAACCACCAAUUGGAGAAUUACGAUUUCGGGAGCCGUUACCAGUAAAUAAAUGGCAAAACAUAAAACAAACGAAAGCUUUUCAAAAAGCAUGUUCACAACCUGCAGCAUUCGGCACGGCUGUUCCUAUUGAAACCCAAAGCGAGGAUUGCUUGUAUUUGAAUGCAUGGGUGCCCCAUGGAGGAUGCCAAAAUAAACAUGCUAUGAUUUGGAUAUAUUUUGGGGGCUUUAUUGUCGGUGAUAUCCAACGAUUUGAUGGGAAGGUUCUCGCUGCAUCCGCAGAUGUGAUUGUUUUAACAGUAAGUUACAGAACUGGACCGUUGGGUUUUCUAUAUUUGAACGACAAUGCGGCACCAGGUAAUAUGGGAUUAAUGGACCAAGGGCUUGCAAUAAAAUGGAUAUAUGAUAAUAUAAACAGAUUUGGAGGAAACAGGAACAAAAUAACAUUAUUUGGACAAAGUGCUGGUGCGGCAAGCAUAAACUACCACAUGUUUUCUAGAGUCACACAAAGAUACUUUCAGAAAGCAAUCAUUAUGAGUGCUGCAGCUGAUUCUAGUUUCACUUAUCAUUCAACUGAAGUUGCUUUAGAAACCGGUAAAGCAUUUGCCACACAAGUUGGAUGUAAAGAGUCAACAGUAGAGGGCACUUUGCAGUGUUUACGGUCUCUAAAUGCAUCGACGUUAUCAGCAUUACAAUUACCGCCAAACCCCAAACCCCCGGUGUUUUUUAGAGCACAUUUACCAACUGUAGAUGCUCUUUCAUAUGUUUCUAAGCCACCAGGUGAUUUUUUGAGAGACCCAUUUAGUAUACGUCCUAUUCCACUUUUGGUCGGGGUUCUUAAGAAUGAAUUGUCGUUCUUCAUCACAUAUUUUGUUGCUGUGUUACAGAUACCUAUAAACGUAUUAGAUGGAAUCAUCACCAAACAAGAGUUUCUUGAUUUAAUUCCCCUUUCCCUAGACGCAAAUAAUAAUACCUUGAAUGCCAUUGCUGAAUAUUAUCUUGCGCCUUAUAUGCCUGGAGAACCACCGUCAUACAUUGAUGUUCUUAAUGACAUAGGUUCAGAUCUCAGCUUCCGAUGUCCAGUUUUAAAUAUGGCUGAGACAUUUACCAAUACGUAUAGAAGAAAGCCGGUGUAUAUGUAUCUUUUUGAGCACAGAUCGACAAAAAGUCCGACACCGCCUUGGUUUGGUGCUUUCCAUACGUCUGAAAUUAGUUACGUCUUCGGCGAACCGCUCAUAGACAACGUCAAGUAUACAGAAACGGACAAGGUCGUCAGUGAAAGAAUGAUAAAUUACUGGACUAAGUUUGCCAAAACUGGGAAUCCUAAUUUCAAAGGCGAUAAGUGUUGUAAUGACUGGAAAUCGUAUGACAAGCAGGACCGUAAAUAUCUAAUUAUCGAUAGCAACUGCCCACAAGAUGGCGAAGCACUAAGGGAAUCGCAGUGUGCCUUCUUAAAGGGUGUGACAACUGUCUGAUAAAGAAAAAAGAAAAGUAAUUGAAAGUUGCAAUAUGUAUGUGAUAUUUGUAGAAUGUUCAAAUAAA